AUGCCUAUCAACCAGCCCUCGAAUCAGAUUAAGCUCACGAACGUGGCUUUGGUGCGCAUGAAGAAGGGCAAGAAGCGCUAUGAGAUAGCAUGCUACAAGAACAAAGUCCUGGAAUGGCGCAGCGGGUCUGAGAAGGACAUUGACAACGUUCUCCAAAUUCCCAACGUCUUCCUCUCCGUCAGCAAAGGCCAAGUCGCCCCGAACGAAGAUCUGAACAAGUCAUUCCCCAAGAAAACGCGCGAAGAAAUCACGCUCGAGAUAUUGAACAAAGGCGAGCUGCAGGUUGGGGAAAAGGAGCGCUCUGCACAGCUGGAGCGAGUACACAAUGAGGUGAUUGACAUUGUUGCUGGCAAGUUGGUGGAUCCGAGAACGAAGAGGGUGUACACGACCGGCAUGAUCGAGAAGGCGCUCGACCAGUUAAGCUCGCAGCGAACCCACGCGCCAGAAUCGAAAGGUGCACCGAGUGCGAGCGGGACAGCCACGCCGACGACAGACGGGGACAAGGAGAAGGUCAAGACCAAGGAUUUACCCAGCUGGACCGGCGUUGUGACAACGCGAUCUGCGAAGUCGCAAGCCCUCGACGCCAUGAAGGCUCUGAUCGCACAUCAACCCAUCCCCGUUGGACGAGCCAGGAUGCGGCUGCGCAUAACCUGCCCCACGAGUAUCCUUAAGCAGAGCGCCAAGAUGACAACGAAGUCGACAGAGGAAGGUGCAGAUGGCGAGGAGAUCAAGAAGAGUACUGUAAAGGAUUGCAUAUUAAGUUUUGUUGAACAGGCAGAAUCCCAAGAGACAGUGGGAGAGGAGUGGGAAUUGGUCGGAUUCGUCGAGCCUGGCGCGUAUAAGUCGUUAACAGAGUUUGUUGGCACGCAGACCAAGGGCCGUGCAAGAGCAGAGGUACUUGACAUGGCUGUCAUGCAUGAGGGUGAUUGA